GGGGACUCACGUGGACGAGGCGCUCUUAAAACCUCGCUCCUGACUUUUCCUCAAGUUCAAUUUUUUGGGAUUCCCUCCCACCGCAGCCGCAUCAAGUCGCUUUUACUUCCCCAGUUGUCGCUAUUUAACCCACUUUAUCUCUCCUUCCUCUUCCUCCUUUCCUCCUUCCUUCUGGUCUUCCUUCCUUCCUUCCCUCCUUCCUUCCUUCCCUCCUUUCUUUCCACGGACUCUCCUGUCGCUCCCAGCUCCUUAAAGCCCGUUUUUAAAACCCGCUUUAGCUGCGCACGGGAAUGCCGCUGCACGGCGUCCGGCGGGAGUUCGGCUCCUGUCCAUGGUGCUGAAAACCGGAACCUUUCCUCUUCCUCGAGCCCAAUCGAUCGCCGCGCCAGCUGCGUUAUUGAUCUCCGACCACAAGAAACUCGGAUAAGCGAACUGUUUUCAUUUGAAUGUUGAUCUGGAACUAUUUCCGCCGACCGACCCGGCAGGAGGACUGGAGGCGACGCGCAUCAGAACAAGCGGCGGCGGCGCGUUUUCCGGAGAACAUAAUCCAGCUUCCUCAGAGUAAAACUUGCGCCUGAAACCAAAUGGUCGUUUGAAACAGAGAUUAAGAAAAAAAAAAAAAAAGGCCUCAUCGGAACAAUGGAGGCGACCACCAACGGGUCCAGUUUCGGCAUCGACUCGCUGCUGUCCCACCGGCCGGGGAGCCCGCUGUCCAAGGCGGACGGCCUGCUGCCGGAGUGCCGCUCGCCGCUGGAGUUCAGCCCCAGAUCGGACGUGGAGAGCGGCUGCUCGUCGCCUCCGUCGCCCCGCAGGGAGUGCGCGGAGGAGGCGGCGCAGAGGCAGGUGCACAGCGCGGGGCUGCCGCCGCACCUGCAGCACGCCGCACAGAUCUCUGCGGGCGCGCAGCAGCGGACCGUCACCUCCUCCUUCCUCAUCAGGGACAUCCUGGCGGACUGCAAGCCGCUGGCCGCCUGCGCGCCCUACUCCAGCAACGGGCAGCCGACGCAGGAGGCCGGGCGGCUGGCCGCCAAGAUAGCGGACGAUUUCAUCGAGAAGAUCCACAGCAACUCCUCAUCGGACAGCGAGUACAAAGUGAAAGAGGAGGGGGACCGGGAGAUCUCCAGCAGCAGGGACAGCCCGCAGGUCCGGCUCAAGAAGCCCCGCAAGGCCCGCACGGCCUUCACGGACCACCAGCUGGCGCAGCUGGAGCGCAGCUUCGAGCGCCAAAAGUACCUGAGCGUCCAGGACCGGAUGGAGCUGGCGGCCUCCCUCAACCUCACCGACACGCAGGUCAAGACCUGGUACCAGAACCGGAGGACAAAGUGGAAGCGGCAGACCGCGGUCGGGCUGGAGCUGCUGGCGGAAGCCGGGAACUACUCCGCCCUGCAGAGGAUGUUCCCGUCCCCGUAUUUCUACCCGCAGAGCCUGGUGUCCAACCUGGACCCCGGGGCGGCCCUGUACCUGUACAGGGGCCCCUCGGCGCCCCCGCCGGCCCUACAGAGACCGCUGGUCCCGCGGAUCCUCCUGCACGGGCUGCAGGGAGGCGGCGAGCCGCCGCCGCCGCCGCCGCCCCCGCUGCCCCCCAUGUCCGGAGUGCUUCCCCGGCCUGCGCAGCAGCGGUGAGCCGGGCGGUGAGCCGGACCCCCUGCUGAGUUUUUAUAGCACAACCUGGACCCACUUUGAGCGAACAGGACAAAAUAAAGAGAGAACGAUGAACAGUCAGGCCCUUUACGGGACAGAACUGGACGGAACCGAGCCGGAGAGACUCGAAACGGACUUUUUGUUGUUGUUUUUGUUUGUCUUCGUGAGACAGAAGCUUUAUUUAUAAUUUAUUUAUUUUUCCAGAAGGCAGUAAAGCCUUUAAGUUAAGUAUUUAUUUACACCCAGUUUCAGUAUUCGACCUCCAGCCAAUUAUUAUUAUUAUUAUUAUUAUUAUUAUUAUUAUUAUUAUUAUUAUUAUUAUUAUUAUUAUUAUUAUUAUUUACAGGUCAAAUGAUCAAACGUUCAUGUCUGAAUAAAAAGUAGUUGUAUCAUCCAAAGGAACAAUAUUUUUUAGUCUUUCAUUCCUCCGAGUCGUGUAAAUAAGAAAUAAGAGGAGUGUUUUUGUUCGACUGUUCGCUGCUCGGUCCAGUUGGAACCGAACUGAUAAUAAAUAUACGGACGGACUGGAUGUUUGGAUCCACAGACCUGGGCUCUUGCUGACUGAAAUAUUGCAAAUUAUUUAUAUCUAAAACGCGGUUUUAGCCCCUCAACAGAUUUUAAUGUUUCUCCUCGGCGAGGCCUCGGUUUUUUGUAUUUUUAUCGAUAAUCGAUUAAUCAGGCUUGGGCCCCCCGAGCUCAGGUGGAUUUGUUGACGUUGUGCAUCAUUUCUGUUAUUUCAUAUGAAGCUGUGAUAAUAACUCCGUACUGUUCCGACUCUCCUUUAUAUUGGUGAACAUGUAUAUUGCAGAUAUCAACCUUGUGGAGUGAUUUAGGUAUAAUUACAUUUCCUGGAUUUUAU